UUCUUUCCUAACAGGUCUCUCAGUAAACUGAAGGAGUGCAUCACCGUCAGAGACAAACUGCUGAGCAGAAAGCUGGAGGAGCACAAGGCAUCGCUCAGUGAUGGUGAACCUCGUGACCUCCUGGACGCCUUGUUAAAAGGUCAGACAGGAAGUGGGCGGGGUCAGAAGUCACAUGGGUCAGAGGAAGAGGUGAUAACAGAUGACCACGUCCUGAUGACGGUGGCUGAAACGUUUGGAGCAGGAGUGGAGACCACGUCCACCACCCUGCUGUGGAUCCUGGCCUACCUGCUGCACCACCCUGAGGUCCAGGAGCGUGUGCAGAAGGAGCUGGACGAGCACGUAGGCAGCGAGCGUGCAGUGAGCGUGUCGGACCGUGGCCAGCUGCCUUUCCUGGACUGUGUCAUCAACGAGGGCAUGAGGAUCCGACCGGUCAGUCCAGUUCUGAUCCCACACACCGCCUUGACGGACAGCAGUGUUGGAGGUCACACUGUGAGUCGUGGAACUCGUGUUUUGGUCAACAUGUGGUCGAUUCACCAUGACCCCCAACACUGGGACAAACCUGACCUGUUCUGCCCAGAUCGUUUCCUGGACGACCACGGCCAGCGUGUCAUGCCCUCCUGCUUCCUGCCCUUUGGGGCGGGGCCUCGAGUCUGUGUUGGCGAAUCGCUGGCCAGGCUGGAGCUUUUCCUUUUCUUGUCUUCUCUGCUCCAGCGAAUGAGCUUCAAGCUUCCAGARGGGGUUUCUCCACCUAACUUGCAGGGGCGACUGGGUGUGGUCUUGCAGCCAUUGCCUUAUACGGUCGUGGUCACUCCAAGACCAGGCUGGGAGGGCGGGGUUAAAUAAAAGGAGGGAAAACAUGGUUUAAAACAAGUGUUUAAACGAUUUAUUAAAAUGACUGAGAAAAAUUAAGAAACUAAGAUAAAGUAUUUACAAAAAUAUAAACACUUAUUUACAUUUUUUUGUUAACCCAAACUUAUCUACACCUCAUUUAGCAAAUUUUAUUCUUAUUCAGCUAAUAAAAAUGCUAACUCUUGCUAAAUGAGUUUUUUAAAGCUUUUACGCAAACUGACAAUAGGAAAACCACCUUUUUUGCAUAUUUCUUAGCAAGCUUCAACUACUAACAUAAAGUUGUUUUUAGUUGUACUAUGCCACAUUUAAGCCAAAUCAUGCACUUAAAUCCAAAUAAAACCUUACCAUUAUCUUAAUGACAAGUUAAAGUAUUUUAUUAUCACGACUUUUUAAUCAAUAAAUAAAUUAUCUUUACUGUGCUGAUGGUCUUAUUUUCUUUUUUGGCACCAGUUUAAUGACAUUUCUUCUGUGGUACAUAAGAGACAAACUACAUUAAGUUUCAACAGUUUUAUUCAUAAUAUUUUCACACUUUUAGAACAGGCUGGUUUAGUUAGAUUACACACAUACAUCCACACAUACACACUAUUAUUUCAAUAGUACUAAUAAGUAGACUGUUUGUCAUCCUAAUAUUUAGGAAUUUUAACCAACAAUCUCUCCUCUUCUCUCCCUGACUGUCGACAAGCUUCAUGAAAACAGUAAGGACAGAAGAGAAGAUCUGACAGAUUAAAAUCCAGUAGACAGAGAAAAGGACUUGUACCAUAGCAGGAACGUCUCAGAAAAUUAAAUUUAGUCAAACAUCACAGGGGAACUGCUUAUAUACUCCUUAAACAAGAGAAACUUUAUCAAAGAACUUAUAAAAAAGAUUUAAUCCAAAACUGUUUGACUGGAGUCACAUCAGGGUCAGCAAAUUGGACUGAUUUUAAUAAGAGUUUAUGACUUUGAAUUUUUUGUGUAGUCAUAGUACAUUAUUUAAUUCUGUCCUUAUAAAACAAUGUCAUGUCUUCAAAUGUUUACGUUAACCUUCAUAGCUUCAGUCAGCAACAACUCAUGCAAAGAAACUGCUGCUAAAGAUUCAAGUAGUUUUGGUUGCAAUAUUUACUUUAUUUUGCUAUCACCUGUUCCCUGUAAUAAGACUGUAUUUUAUAUUUUGUAUUUAUGACUUGUUUAUGCUUCARCAACAGACAAAAUAAUUCAGGGGUAGAAAACAUGAUUUUUGAAUAAUCCCAACCAAACGACUGAGCCCCUCGAUGUGAACCCAGUCAAUGUGAAACUCUUCAGAUAGAGAGAAAGAGAGAGAGAGAGGACUGUGGUUAAGUGUUUCUGACAUCUGAUGAAAAACAAGUGCCUCAGAACUCAACAAAGACAACAUAAAGACAAGGUUUCCCAAAGAUACACAGUCCCAGAGCCAGCCUGAUGUAUCUGACGUCUUGUAAGUCACUUUAUCCCCAACAAGCCAAACAGAACCAGGACUGUUGACUUCUUGGACGGUAAGGAUUUCAUUCAUAACAAAGAGUACUGUGUUCUUUAUACUUAGGUUUGGUUCGUUCUCUGGUUACACAGAUUUAUUGGMGAAAGAUUUCCACCAAACAAAAAUUACUGCAAGUUUCCCAUUAUUUCCAGCAUGCCCAUCCUUUACCAAUACUUUAAGGCAAUUUUAGUUCAAUCUUCCUCAACGUAGCUGAUCUCAGGUCUGCACAGCCUUUGAGAACCUAAAGUACAGACAAUUUCUUCAGUCAUUCUGCUUGAAAGGCCACAGUCACACAGAGCGAGAACAGCUCUAAAUAAUGCUAAGUAGUAACAGUUGUCAAGUAGAAAUGGCACUCAGAAACCAUGGAGAUAUAUAUCAGUAUUAGUUCAGGUAAACAAAAACACCACCAACCACAACAUCAACUACAACAUCAAUGGCUGGGUGUCACCCUGGGACUAUCUGGAGAGUGUCCUUCAGUCUCCAGAAACRCUUGUUCUCACUCCACAGGUGCCAUUCAACGAGUUAAGACAAACCAAAGGUAUCAUCAGAGGAUGUGUUUGAGCUCUGAGAAGUCUCAGGACCAGACUGUUGGAUUAUUUCUAUCAAACCAAGCAAGGAUCCAGUUAUGUGUGUGUUGUUUUCCCAAGAUGCCUAAAACCGAAGGGUCGAGUCCGUCAGUCAUCCCUAUGGCAGGAUUGGAUGAAGUCCAAUCAAGUCCAGCAUAGCUUUAUUCCUCAGUUGCAUCCGUAUGGGCACCUCUGUUGACUUAUACAUGAAGUGUGAGUUAAUGCAGCAUGGACUCAGGGUACAAGGAUCAACCAGAUUCAGGGUCUUUCCAUUAAAAAAUGUUGAGUAGAUGACAUCAUCAGGUGAUGUGUUAUAGCUUCAUUUUUCUAAGACACCAGCUGGCGUGUCUUUGGAGACCAUGUAUAAAUGUUCAAACUGUGAAUCGUUUGGACUCAACCUGCUGACGUCCCCAUGCAGCAUUUGUCUCAAAGAAUAAAGAGUUGGACUUUUUCCAAUACGCUCCAAAAAUCAGUGCAUGUUUUGGAAACUUUAUGGGAGCUAGCAUCUUUAAAAAUACGUAGAUGUAACAACGAGCAAGAGGCACCGCUUCUUUGUGUACUCAUCAAUUUCUUUGUUCAGAUUUAAACACAACCCACCCACUAAAAUAAAGAUAACAAGGUACAUUAUAUUUGUCACUGCUGUCUUUACGAUUUGAUCUUUCUACAAUUCAAACAUGUCAUCAACAUAWGGUGUCAUCCUGAUGGCAAACUUACUGAAAAUACAUCUACAAGAUGCAUUUAGCCCCUUUCACAAAACUCAAAGUCAAGCCUAUUACAUCAUCUUGUUGUUUUGGUGUAUCCCAUGAAAGGAAAGCAGUUGAAGUCAACCCAAUGCUAUGACACUUCUGAGCCUGCAAGGGAGGUUGUGACAGAGCUGAAACGGUAAAGAUACGUAACGAUGAGCAAGCAUCACYGCUCAAAGAAGUGAUGACAAACAGUCUGAGAAACUAAGCUUUAGAAAGAGAUGUUUUCUGUGUUUUCAGCGUCAUGAUCGAGGUGCAGCUGCUGAGGUACCCUCCCUGAUUCCUGGGGUUCCACYCUUCGUUUCUGAACACUCGUGCCAUCGCAGGAACAAUCAGAGGCAUCUUUGUGUCAGUUUAACAGAACUGUUUUGUGAAAGGGGCUUUUGAUUUUCAUCAGCCACCAAAGUAAGUCCAAACCUAAUCGAUAAACGUUUCACCCUAAACAGCAAUGGUAUUCUUCCACUCUUUCUACGGCCGUUUUCUUUAUCCCGGGUUUUAUUUACACACAGACUCUUGCUGAUGAAAAAUAUUGCUCUUCACGUCACUUCUAAUUUUUAGAUUCUAAGGUGAGCUGAAACACGCCAGCAUGUACAAAACAAGCAGUACUAAUUCCUCUCCAUUGAUAAAAUAUAAUCUAUCUCAACGUCUUUCUGUCACAAAAUAUGUACACUGAACACUGAAACACCAACAAGAGCCUAAAAAUAUAUUCUAAUUCUCCAACAGGACCAAGUUACUUCUACUUUAAAAUGUCCUGACAUGUUCCACUGAAUUUUCUUCAUUUAUGGGUAACUGUUUUAGUUAAAGAAUACAGGAGAGAUGCAGAAAGUGAAAAGUUAAGUAUUACUUUGAUAAAAACUGUGGUAACUGCAACAUAUUGUUUCAUCUGACCUCAUAGUUGGAGAAGGAAACAAAGACACUGUGACAUGUUCCAGAUCUGCUCUCUUUGGUGCUUUGUUUCUGUCUAAAAGCAUCCAUUGUUUGUUUUUAUUUAUGUAAGAGCUUUUUCUCCGCUCAGAACUUGACGCAUAGGAAGCCGACUGAGCCGUCACUAAUUUCCACCGUCAGACUGAACACAUGAA